AGGAGAUAAGUUAACAAUUGUACACGUUGCAGUUGCAAACGUUGCAAAUAUAACUUUCAAUGAAACAAUCAUGACAAAUUAUUCAUAAUUCUGUGGAGUUUAACAGUUUGAAGUUUGAAAUUUAUAAGAAAUUGAAUAAAUUAUUUGUUUAUUGAAGUUUGAGUGACAAAAAUGUAUAUUAUUGUGUAGAAAGUAGUCAACUCAAUGGAAUCGGCAAAAAUUAUACAUUAAACAUGUUAAAAUGUUAUUAAUACCAUAAUUUAACAAAUUUUGCUGCAAAUAUGUCGAUGAACAUAAAAUACAAUAAGUUACACAGUGAUAAAAGAUAUAAAUAUAAUUGAUAAAGUGCAAAAAAUAAAAGUUUUACAGGAAUAAUGAAUUUUAGAGGUUAUGUAUAAACAAAAAUACACAAUGACUUCGGAAUCGAAAAGUAUUUUAAUUGACAAUACAAAAAGUAAUCAAAAAUAUGAAACUUCAAGAGAGAUAAAAAUUCUCUGCUUUGACAUAAGUCAUUGCAGUGUACAAUGUCAAUUCUUCUUCUGCUGUUCAGGAAUAUUUUUCUUUUAUAUUCUGUACGGAUAUUUACAGGAAAUGAUAUUUUCAUUGGACGGAUUUAGACCGUUUGGAUGGUAUCUAACUCUCAUUCAAUUUGCCUAUUAUUCAAUAUUUGGUUGGUUUGAGUGCCAAAUGAAAGGAAUAACUCGAAGAAUACCCAUUGCUACUUAUUUAUUAUUAGCAUUUCUAACACUAGGCACGAUGGGCUUUUCGAAUUCUUCGCUAGGAUAUCUCAAUUAUCCAACCCAGGUAAUAUUUAAGUGCUGUAAAUUAAUACCAGUCAUGAUAGGAAGUAUUGUGAUACAAAGAAAAAGAUAUGGAUUAAUAGAUUUUGCAGCAGCGACUGUGAUGUGUGUAGGACUGAUACUAUUUACCCUUGCUGAUAGUAUGAUAUCGCCUCGAUUUAACAUGAUAGGAGUAGCAAUGAUUAGCAGUGCGUUAGUAUGUGAUGCUCUAAUAGGAAAUAUUCAGGAAAAGGCAAUGAACCAGUACAAAGCCACAAAUACAGAAGUUGUUUUAUACUCGUACAGCAUUGGCUUUGUUUAUUUACUGUUAAUUCUAUUAACUACAGGCGAUAUUCCAACAGCGACAUCAUUUUGCAUGAAGCAUCCUUUGGAAACGUAUGGAUACGCUCUCCUGUUUUCGCUCUCUGGUUACCUGGGGAUCCAGAUAGUUCUUAUUUUGGUGCAAACUUGCGGCGCAUUUGUAACUGCAACAGUGACAACAUGCAGAAAAGCUGUGACAAUAAUAAUAAGUUUUCUAUUUUUCUAUAAGCCAUUUACCAUUCAGUAUUUUUGGUCUGGACUUCUUGUCGUAUUAGGAAUUUAUUUAAAUAUUCUAAGUAAACAAAAAGCUUCACCGAAGGUAAGCGUUCAUAAAAUAGUAACGACUUGUAAGAAAUGUUGGAAGAAACACAAUCGAAUCCAAAGACAAUUAAUGUCAAAUGUAUAAUAUAAUUUUUUUAAAAAAGCUGCUCAAGAUGCUAAUUUUUAAUUUUACGGUUUCAUUGAAAUAUAAUGCAGUCUCUAAUGCAGUAUUUUUACUAUUAGAAAGAUUUUGAAACUAAUGAAAUAAAAAUUAGAAUAAAUUGUAUAUAGAGCAAGAGAAUUAGAAAUUUUAAAUUGCUCAAAUUUUCGUAAAGACUCGAAAUAAAUUUUAAAGCAAAAGAAAGGAUAGAAAAAAAUAAUAUUUAAA